GGAGCUUUAACCGAGAACUCGUGUCUCUAUCAACAAUGCAAAUGUUCCGCAUCAGCUUACAUCUCAAUCUCCUUUUUCGUUGCUUGUCGAUCCUGCAAGCCACAACCAUCAUCUCCGGCACUGGAAAGCCACGCCGAGAAGGAUCAAACAAGUCAAGGAGCCCUAAUCCUAUUUUAAGGCAACGUAACCUUAAGCCUCCUCAAACCUUCGAGAAGCACCCAUCAAUCAUGCAUAAAUUCGCAAACUUACCCAAACGUUCGACAUUUGGUUUAGUCAGACGUCAAACCAGUGGGAGUCCCUUCAUCUCUAAUUCCGUCGGGGCUGAAGAUCAUGCCUAUAUCAGCGAUGAUUGACGUACUGUAAAGACUAAAUGAUGAAAUGGGAUGAAACUAGUUUCUCGUCAGUGACUGCGGAGAAUCCUUCCCCGGCCCUAACAUCCAUUCAUAAAUGUAUGGAAUCUUGCUGUUGGGUUUGACCACCUACUGUGAUUGUUGACAAUAUGGCACCUUCUCUAUUUAAUAGGUAUGCACUUGCAAGCAAAAGAUGAACAACUUGCUAAAUCUCCACAGGACAAUGCUCCCUUCUUUCCUUUCCGCAAGUCUGCUAUUCGGCGCGGCUUUAAGUUCGCCAUCAG